CGCGGACCUGCCGCUCUGCCACACGGUGGGCUACAAGCGCAUGCGGCUGCCCAACCUGCUGGAGCACGAGAGCCUGGCCGAGGUGAAGCAGCAGGCGAGCAGCUGGCUGCCGCUGCUGGCCAAGCGCUGCCACUCGGACACGCAGGUCUUCCUCUGCUCGCUCUUCGCCCCCGUCUGCCUCGACCAGCCCAUCUACCCGUGCCGCUCGCUGUGCGAGGCCGUGCGCGCCGGCUGCGCGCCGCUCAUGGAGGCCUACGGCUUCCCCUGGCCCGAGAUGCUGCACUGCCACAAGUUUCCCCUGGACAACGACCUCUGCAUCGCUGUGCAGUUCGGGCACCUGCCCGCCACCGCGCCUCCAGUGACCAAGAUCUGUGCCCAGUGUGAGAUGGAGCACAACGCGGAUGGCCUCAUGGAGCAGAUGUGCUCCAGCGACUUCGUGGUCAAAAUGCGCAUCAAGGAGAUCAAGAUAGAGAAUGGGGACCGGAAGCUGAUUGGAGCCCAGAAAAAGAAGAAGCUGCUCAAGCCGGGCCCCCUGAAGCGCAAGGACACCAAGAGGCUGGUGCUGCAUAUGAAGAACGGUGCGGGCUGCCCCUGCCCACAGCUGGACAGCCUGGCUGGCAGCUUCCUGGUCAUGGGCCGCAAGGUAGACGGACAGCUGCUGCUCAUGGCCGUCUACCGCUGGGACAAGAAGAAUAAGGAGAUGAAGUUCGCCGUCAAGUUCAUGUUCUCCUACCCCUGCUCCCUCUACUACCCCUUCUUCUACGGGGCUGCCGAGCCCCACUGAAGAGUGCCUUGCCCUGCCCCACCAGCCAGCUGUGCCUUGCCCCGGGACUCCCUGUCACCUCCUGCCCUGGCCCCAAGGCCCAGCACAGGCCCUAAGGGAUGGGCAUGGAGCCAGGGCUUGACCGAGGGGUUCUGCGGUAUCUGGGGGCUUCUUCUCUUAGAAAUCAGGCUUUCUCUUUUGAGGUGAAACCCUGAGGGUCUCAGAAAGUAGGCAGGGAGGAGAGAUGGAGGGAAGGGUAGAGGGUCUAUGAGCGGCCCAGAUGGUUUCUGGAGUGGACCAUGGUGUCAGCUCCCCUCUGCUGCUGGUGGGGCCUCGCCUUGGAGAGGGAAGUCUUGAUAUUAGGCUGAGCUACUUGGAAGACAGUUCUCCACCCCCAGUGCCCCUUCAUGUGUCUUCUCGUAGCCCCCAAAGGAAAGGCAUUAGGGUCACAGUGCCCUCCAGCCACACCUCCCCACUGUCCCCAUCUCUGCCAGUUCCCUUCCCCCUGGACUGGAGAGAAGCCCAGCCUAGGCCCCCUUCCACAGGCUCGCUUCUUGGGGUUCAUUCCUCAGCCCCGCAUGUCCCUUUACCUUGAUGAAGAGUAAAUUAUUGCUACUGCUAUGAGGCCACAGGUACUAGACUGAUGCAGGUAGUGUUUGGUCUUUAAUUUUUUUUUUUUUUAAGUUUUUAAUUAAAUCAAAGAAAACAAUAGUUGGUUUUGACCAGGUGAUUUCUUUGUCAGGCACUUCCCCAGAGGUGGAGAGAGGGAGGUUCAGAAGGGACUUUUAGAAAGAACCCCUUGUCAGCCCAUGACCUGUCCACACAGACAUACUCAGGAUGCCUAAGACAAUGUCGAUGUUUGUGCAGGAUCCCCCAAGAGCACCCUAAUAGUCCCCACCAUUAAUGAGGGAUGGAGAUGACCCUCUUUUGUCCCUGAGGACGGAUAGAGAUGCCAAGUUCCCCAGCUUAUUCCCACGGUCAGAAGGCUCCCACGGUCCUGAAGAGUCUCCCCAACUUGGGUAAUGCCUGCUCUGAGGAACCCAAGAAGGCUGGGCCACAGAACUACUCAGAAGAGCCAGAGGCCUGGAGUGUCACUCCUACACUUUCAGCACUCAGACACCCCUGCGCACUGGUCCUGACCUAUAGGAGACAAGAGUGUAGAACAGUGGCCUCUCAGCAUGGGCCCUGGACCAGAGCAUCUGCACAAUGCAGAAGCUCAGGCCCCGCCUACACUGGCAAUAUCUACAUUUGACACAUAAGGCUUCCAAUCAUCUAAGGAGCUUCAACAAAACACUGGACUUCACUUUAAAGCAAUUAAAUCCAAAGCUCUGGAGAGUGUUCAGAAAUCAGCAUUCUCGAUGCUCCCCAGGGUGGUUUGCAGCUGGGGGAAGAACCUCCAUCUAGGUAUCUAGAUAAGCCCACAGCUGAGGCAGGAGGAGGGCGAGGGGCUGAGUUU